AUGAAUCAUACAUUGGCUCCAAAUAGUGCAGAUUGGGAUUCAGUGGGUGAUACUUAUUAUAGAAAACAAGAAAUCUAUAAAAUGUCAUGGUCGGUUUCCGAUCUAUCUUCUUAUAGAGUAGUGGGGGCUUCACUUGGUGGUCCACUCGCUAUCACUUUAGAUACUUCAAAACCCAUUGCAUUGAUUGGUGAUAAUAUUAAUAUUUCUUCAACUAGUAAACCUAAACUGUUUAUUCAUUCUUCUUCUGGAAAUUUAUUAUUUACUAUCACUUGGGAUCAUCCUUCUCGAUUGGUUUCAUUUGGGUUUACUAAAUCAGAAUCUUUGGUGACUUUAUCAUCAGAUGGGUUUUAUAGAAUUUAUCCAAUCAAUUCAACUUCAACUACUUCAACUUCAACUUCAACUAAUUCUGAUUUAGUUAGUUUUACUCAACAUAGUUUAGGUUCAGUAACAGAAGAACUGGGUGUGAUUGAUGGUCAGAUUUGGUCAGAUGGAAUGUUAGUCAUGAGAUUAGAUUUAAGUUUUGUUCAAGUUAAAGGAUGGCCAGAAGAAAUUGAAAGUGGUGGUAGGUUAGAUUCAAUCGAAUCUGGUGGUUUAAUCGAUCGACCCAAUAGUUGGGCAGUCAUCCCACCUAAAUCAAGUAACACCGGCGUAGUCCAAAUCUUAGUUUCUAGAUCAGAUUCAAUAGUAGUAAUAGAUCCUAUGGAUUCAACCGAUCAAAGAUUAUCAUCUAAAGGACCCUACGAAAGAAUCUUACCUUCACCUAAUGGUAAAUUUGUAGCACUCUUAACUUCGGCUUCUAGUCCUUCUCCUUUUACAGUUUGGGUUGUUUCUUCGGAUUUCAGUCGAGAAUUGAGUGAAUAUUCUUUACAAGAUCAACAUUCAGAUGAUUUAUUGAUGGAUGGACCUCCUACUCAGAUGGUUUGGUGUGGUGGUGAUACAGUGAUUGUGGGUUGGGAGAAAAGUUUAGUCAUGAUCGGACCUUUUGGUGCUUCAUUUAGGUAUUCUUUCACCGAUCCGAUUCAUUUAGUUGGAGAAAUCGAUGGAGUUAGAAUCAUUACAUCUCAUACAUGUGAAUUUUUAUCAAAAGUAGGACCAUCAACUAUAUCAGUUUUCAGACCAGGAUCGACUUCACCUGCAGCGAUUUUAUUUGAUGCAUUAGAUCAUUUUGAUAAAAAAUCAGCCAGAGUAUCAGAUGAACAUUUGAGAAAUAUAAAGAAAAAUUUAAAAGAAGCCGUUAAUAUGUGUAUCAAAGCAGCAGGUGAUGAAAUUGAAAUCAAAUGGCAAGAAAGGUUAUUGAAAUCGGCUAGUUUUGGGAAAUCGUUUUUAGAUGUUUACAAUCCUGAAGGAUUUGUUAGGAUGGCUAAGACUUUGAGAGUUUUAAAUGCGGUUAGACAUUAUGAGAUUGGGAUUCCUUUAACUUAUGAACAGUAUAUAGCACAUCAUCCAAGUCAUUUAAUUUAUCGAUUAACAGCACGUGCACAUUACCUUUUAGCAUUGAGAAUUACAGAAUUCUUAGGAUUAUCACCAGCACCAGUCUUAAAACAAUGGGCUCGAUCAUUAAUCAUGAAUACACAUCCUAAUUAUGAAACUAAUACUAAUAAAUCAUUAUGUGAAAAGAUAGUGAAGAAAUUAAAAGGAAAAAAAGGAAUUGGAGCAUCAGAUAUAGCAGAGAUUGCAUGGAAUUUAGGUAAAAUCAAAUUAUCAAUUCAAUUACUUUCAUAUGAAAUCUUACCUAUUAAACAAAUCCCAUUAUUAAUGAAAAUGAAUCAAUUUGAAGAAGGAUUAAAACAAUCGAUCAAAAGUUUAGAUCCGAAUUUAUUAUCAUCUGUUUUAUGGGAAAUCAAAUCAAAGAAAUCUUUAGCUGAAUUCUUAGGAUUUAAUGAUAUUGAUAGAAAAUUAAAUUCGAAUUUGAAUGAAAAAGGAAAAUUGAUGAUAAUUAAACCGGGGAAUGAUUGGGAUGUGUUUAGAGAUUUUUGUUUUCAGGAUGAUAGAAGAACUGAAAGUGGUUGUUUAUCAUUAGAGGAAAGUUAUUUAAAUGGAUGUGGAUUUUUAUCUUCCGCUCCUUCAACCAGUUUACAAUUACCUAGUAAUUGGAAUGAGUUUUGGAAUUUAAAGAUUUCGAAAAUUAAGAUUGGAUUGAAUUUUUUUAAAGAAGAUUCUAAUCGAAUCUUUGAAGAAAAAAUCUUAAAAGAAUCCAUCAGAUUGAUCGAAUUUCAAAAAACUUUAAUAGAAGAUUUAAUUAAAUCGAUUAACUCAUCAUCAUCUUUGGAAGAAAGAAAAUUAAUUAAAUUAGGAUUAAAGAAACAAGCUGAGAAGUUAAGUAUAGAUUUUAAAGUGAAUGAAAAAAGGUAUUGGUAUUUAAAAUUAAAAGCUUUAGUUGAGAUUAAAGAUUGGGUUGAAUUAGAAAAUUGGUCAAGUAAAAAAUCACCUAUAGGAUAUGAACCAUUCGUACAUCAACUUUUAUUAAUGGGUUGUAAUCGAGAAGCAUUAAAGUAUAUUAAAAGAUGUGAAACUAAGAAUCGAAUCGAAUUAUAUAUUAAAUGUGGUGAAUGGAUCAUUGCAGGAGAAGAAUGUGCAGAUCGAGGUGAAACUAAGAAAUUGAUGGAAUUAAAACAAAGGUGUCCGAAUCCAUUGAUUUCAAAUAGUUUAGGAAAAAUGAUUGAUGAGUUAACGGUUUAA